AUGGCUUCCCCCGCCCCCGCUGUCAAGACCUCUUUCACCAUCGGUACUCGCAAAUCCAAGCUCGCUCUGGAGCAAACACAGCUGGUAUCGGAAGCGCUGCAGAAAACCAACCCAGGAUGCGAGUUCAAGAUUUUCUCCAAGGAGACCGCCGGCGAUCUGAACACGAAGAUUGCGCUGCGGGACUUUACAAGCAAGAAUUUGUGGACCGAAGAGCUUGAAGAGCUCAUGAUGGACGGCCAGGUGGACUUGAUUGUUCAUUCUCUCAAAGAUGUCCCCACGGUCUUGCCCGACAGCUGCACGCUUGGCCCGAUGAUGCCCCGCGAAGACAGCCGGGAUGUGCUCGUCGUGAAGCAAGGACUGCCUUACAAAAGCUUGGCGGAGAUUCCCGCCGGGUCUAUCGUGGGCACGUCGUCCAUCCGCCGCACGGCCCAACUCGCCCGCAAAUACCCCCAUCUCAAGAUUCUCGAUGUGCGUGGAAACAUCGGCACUCGUCUGGCCAAGUUGGACGCGGAGGACAGCCCAUACACGUGCAUCAUUCUUGCCGCAGCCGGGCUGCUGCGGCUGGAUCUUGGAGACCGCAUCACACAGUACCUCGACUCGAGCUGUGGGAUGCUCUACGCGGUCGGACAAGGUGCUCUGGGUAUUGAGAUUCAAAAGGACAAUGUCGUUCUGCAAGAAAUGCUGAACAAGAUUGGUCACCAGGAAACGACCUUUGCGUGUCUGGCCGAGCGGAAUCUCCUUAGGACUCUCGAAGGUGGCUGCAGCGCCCCGCUGGGAGUGGAAACCGAGUGGGUGCAAACCGCGGAGGGGGCGAAGAAGCUCCGUAUGCGCUCCGUGGUGGUGAGCGUCGAUGGACAGCAAUGCGCCGAGGUAGAAAUCGACGGUGAUGUUGAUUCAGCACAAAGCGCCGAAGCGUUUGGUGUUACCGUGGCUCGAGCUUUGAUUGAGCAUGGUGCUGGAUCCAUCUUGGAGGAAAUUCAGCGUCAGAAGGCGGCGAAGGAGAGUGUCCCCAAAUGA